UCGACGUAACUUUGUCUAAAUAUCCAAAAAGGAAAUACUAGUCAAAUUUGGUUUGAACUUACAUUGGCCACAAGAUUUUAGUGCGGCGAAGGUGAAGCUCCCCACCUGUUUGUGAAAUGUCCUCUGAGAGCGAAGGACCUCUAAAACAACUGGCAAGCAUGUCAAGUUUGCACCACUUCUGCCAUUGUAAUAAACUUUGCCAAUUAGCAAUAUAAAAAUGCUGCUACAGUGACAUAUUAGUUAGCUCAAAGUCAAGUCAACACUAUAAAGUUUGUCCUCUUCUUUUUACCCAACUUGUUGAUGCGAAGAAACUUCCUAGUUUGUUGAUUAUGAUUUAAUUUCAUUCCCUAGAAGUCAACAAGAAGCAAACGCUCUUCAGUUCUCACAAGGAUAUCCUAUAGUCCAAUAAAGUACCAAUCUUUGCACUUAUUAAUUAGUUUGUACUUCCUUUACUUCCUCUGCUAAAAGAAAGAUGUAAAUCAAGAACCAAUCUUUCUCUAUGGAUCAGCUUCAAGAAUCUGCAACAUUCCCUUCCAUCACCAUGGAUAUGAAGGUACUGGUUGAUAUGCUUCUAGUGAAAUUGUACACUAUUGUUGACAUUGCAAGGACUUUGAAAAUGCAUUCCCAACUCAAAAAACUAGAGCUCUUUGUUAGAGUCACAGAAUCUGAUGAUCUCUUUGAUCAUCAGGUAGCUGAGAUGCUAAAGCCCGCGUUUUAUGAAGCUGAGCAUGUGAUUGAAGAGUAUGAAAUUUGGUCUUUGCAAAACCAGUUGCUUCCCGACGCGACAUCAGCAAAGGUGUGUGUUUUUUCCUUCUCUAGAUCAAACCCUUUUGCCUAUAGGAUUCGAAUGUGUCUUGUAACGCGAAAGCUCAUUAAGAUAUUGGAUAAGAUAAGUAGGAGCCGAGUGUUUUUUAAGAGGAUGGGAUUUGGUGGCUUUCCUAGUCCUCACAGAGCAAGGGGGCUUAUGCAUACACAUGCGUAUGUGCAUGACUCUGGUGUUGUGGGGAGGGACUUUGAUAGAGAUAUUGUCGUUGAAACGCUUUUAAAACCAGGAAAUGAAGCAGUCCUUUUUGUAUUUCCUGUUGUUGGAUUUGGAGGUAUUGGGAAAACUACUCUUGCGAAACUGGUGUAUAAUGAUCCAAGGAUAGUUAGUCAUUUUCAGCUGCGUGUGUGGGUUCGUGUGUCUCGUGUGUUUCAAGUAGAGAAAUUAUUGGAACAAAUUGUGAAUUCAAUUAGAGAAGAUUUGUGUGAGAAUGAUGAUAUGAAUGAACUGCAGACUCUCGUUCGUGAGACUUUGUAUGAAAAGAAGUAUAUGAUUGUUCUAGAUGAUGUGUGGAAUGAGGAUCCAGUAAAGUGGGAUGAAUUGAAGAAGUUGUUGAUGGUGGGUGCUUGUGGAAGCAAGAUUCUUGUAACUACGCGGAAUGAGGCAGUAGCUUCGAUAAUGGGGACGGUUCCUGCAUACUGUUUGAAGGGUUUAUCAAGUGAAGAUUGUCUGACUUUGUUCUUGAGUAAGGCCUUUGAAGAAGGUCAAGAAGUACUAUAUCCAAAUCUUGUUGCGAUUGCAUCAGAUAUAGUGCAGAAGUGUGAGGGAAAUCCCUUACUCUUAAUGCUUUUAGGAUCUUCAUUACACAUGGAAACUAAGGAAUGGAAGUGGCAUGAAGUUAAAAAUCAUAAGAUGUGGAACUCAAAUCAGAAUAACGACAUUUCACCUGCACUAAUCGUAAGCUAUGAGCUAUUGCCAUCUAAUCUCAAAGUUUGUCUUGCUUACUGCUCAAUAUUACCCAAGGACUGUGUGAUUGAAAUAGAUAAAUUGAUACAGUUGUGGGUAGCAGAAGGUCUCGUGAAUCAGCGAUCUGAAGAUCUUGAACACAUUGGGAUUCAAUAUUUCCAAGAGUUAUUGUCGAGAUCCUUUUUUCAAGAAGUUGAAGAAUACCGUUCUGUUUUUACCUCACUCUGUAGAUUGCAUGACCUUGUACAUGAUCUUGCACUGUCAGCAGCAGGGGUUGAAUUCUGUACGGUAGCUUCUCACACACAAAGCAUUUCUGAUGAGGUCAGACAUGUGGUAUUUUCUGACUAUGAUUUGUCAGGCAAGGAACUGCCAGCAUCCCUUCUCAAUAACCAGACAUUGAGGACCAUAUCCUUCUCUGUUGAUGGAGUAGGGCCGAUGAGUACAAUGUUCAUUGAGAACUGCAUAGCAAGAUUCGCGCAACUUAGGGUGCUAGAUAUAAGUGAUUCAUGUUUUGAUGAGCUGCCUCGCUCUGUUGGCGAAUUGAAGUACUUAAGAUAUCUUGACAUAAGUUCCAAUGGAAGCAUUAGAGAAUUACCUGAUUCGAUUAACAAGUUGCUGAGCUUACAGACACUUCGAGUUUCUCAUUGUGCACAACUUGAAGGAUUACCUAAAGAUAUAGGAAAUUUGAUCAGCCUAAGACACGUGCAUAUAACCACCAAGCAAUCAAGUUUUCCUGAUAAAGCAAUUGGCUGCUUAUCAUCUCUUCGUUCUUUGUAUAUUUAUAGCUGCACGAAUCUCGUAUCUUUGUCUGAAGGCCUGCAGUAUCUUACUAGCCUUCGCACAUUGGCAAUUAUCGGUUGCCCAAGACUGACCUUUUUCCCAAGUGCUAUGAAACACCUUACUGCUCUGGAGAAUCUGUUGAUUGUUGACUGUAAAGAGCUUACAUUAUUGGAGUGGCAAGAUAUUGAAGGACUUAGGAUGAUCCGGUCACUAGUUAUUGGAGGUUUACCCGGAUUGGAGUCAAAAGAUGUUCAAUGCCUCGGGAACAUUAAGAUGUUGGUGCUUGCCGGGUUACCACAAUUAGUUACUUUGCCCCGAUGGCUUGAAGGCUCCAGUGCUACUCUACAAUACCUGAGGGUGGAAAGGUGCCCCAAUUUUGCAGCAUUGCCAAAGUGGCUGGAAAAUCUCACCGCACUUGAAAAACUUGAAAUUUCCAAGUGCGGUAAGUUAUCUUCAUUGCCCGAGGGGAUGAGUUGCCUCACAAACCUGAAGGUACUUAGGAUCGAUAACUGACUGAUCUUGAGUUCAGAAUGCUCGGGUAGGAUAUCUCAUCAUUUCUGAGGCUCAUCAAUGGAGAACUGAUCCAAUUAUCCAAAUAGUCUAUAUAUAGGUUACGGGUUCGAGCUGUGAAAUCAGCCACUGAUGCUUGCGUCAGGGUAGGCUGCCUACUUCACACCUCCUUGGAGUGCGGCCCUUCCCCCGGCACUGCGUAAACGUGGGAUGCUUUGUGCACCGAGCAGCCCUUUUUUAUAGUCUAUGUACAUAUGGUCCCUCGUUAUGCUUCCUUCAUGCCUUGGUUGGUUAUCAUGUUCUUUCUCAAUUUCCAUGAUCUUCAGCUUUUAGUUUUUUCCUAUCUGCUUGUUCCAAUGUCUUGAUUGUGUUGACUGUUGUGGCACUCUUAACUGCUUUAUUUAUGGGAAAACAAGCUACAUUUCUGGUGUAACUUCAAAUGCAGUUCUAAAGAAAGGAGAAAUUUUUAGUUUUAAACUCAUGGA